AACAGACACUGAAAAUGUCGAUUGGGAGUCCAGGAGGUGGUUGUUUUGUCCAUUAGUAUUAAUUUAUGGCCGUCUGCCGGCUUCCUCAGCUCGAACUUGUGUUCUACUCUACACGACGAAUACAAAGAAUCAAACAUCGCCUCACCUGCUUCUCUUAUUCUAUUUCCCUCCCUCCCUUCCUUUUAGCUUCAAUUAUGUCAUGCUUUGACGUCGAAGAAGCCUGCGGUUAUCGUCUUCUUCUCCUCCCAUGGCGUAUAUAGCAAAUUGUUCUUAUUCUACCUGCCACCCAUUAAGCGACGUCCUUAAACUGACACCUUCAACCUUUGCUCCAACACUCUCCUCCAGCUUCCUCAGAUUGUCUCUGCAAUCCAAUAAUCAUACUCCCCCCCUUCACUCUCCCAAAUUCCAACUCCCUCGCUCUGCUGCUAAAGUGCUGGCUAAUAAGGACGUUGUAGCUGAAAUGGCGGUAACAAGGACCGAGAGGGAGAAACAGAGUGAAAAAUGUGGAGCGUUGAGAGUCGGGCUCAUCUGUGGAGGUCCGUCUGCGGAACGUGGAAUCUCUCUCAACUCCGCUAGAUCAGUUCUUGAUCACAUACAGGGACAUGAUUUGCAAGUGAGCUGCUACUACAUCGAUUCAGAGUUGAAUGCGUAUGCAAUAUCUUCCGCUCAGGUCUAUUCAAACACUCCGGCGGACUUUGAUUUUAAACUUAAAAGCCUUGCCCGCGGUUUCCGGUCUUUGACUGACUUUGCUGAGCACCUUUCUACUUCUGUGGACAUAGUAUUCCCUGUCAUUCAUGGUCGGUUUGGUGAAGAUGGUGGAAUCCAGGAACUUUUGGAAACGCAUAACAUUCCAUUUGUUGGAACAGGUUCAACGGAGUCUUCACGUGCCUUUGACAAGUAUGACGCCUCCUUGGAGCUCGAUAGACUUGGAUUCAUAACUGUGCCUAAUUUUCUUGUACAGGCUGGCAGUGUAAGUGAAACUGAGCUAUCAAAAUGGUUUGUGAGUAAUCAGCUAGAUCUUAGCUCAGGAAAAGUUGUGGUAAAACCAGCAAGGGCAGGAUCAAGCAUAGGCGUGUCGGUUGCAUAUGGAGUGGUGGAUUCGCUUAAAAAGGCGAAUGAGAUUAUUUCAGAGGAGAUUGAUGAUAAAGUCCUUGUUGAAGUAUUUCUUGAAGGAGGCAGUGAGUUCACUGCAAUUGUCCUUGAUGUGGGAUCUGGUUCUGUUUGUCAUCCGGUUGUACUACUACCAACAGAAGUUGAAAUUCAGUCCCGUGAUGUGGCUGAUGCGGGAGAGAAGGAUGCAAUUUUCAACUACCGGAGGAAAUAUCUCCCCACCCAGCAGGUCGCAUAUCAUACUCCUCCUCGUUUCCCUAUUGAUGUAAUAGAAACCAUCCGUGAAGGAGCAUCUUUACUCUUCAAAGGACUUGGUCUCUGUGAUUUUGCUCGGAUUGAUGGGUGGUAUUUGCCUAGUUUCUCUCAUGAAUCUUCAUGCUCCACGGGGAAGUUUGGAAAGACUGAAUCUGGCACAGUAGUCUAUACCGACAUAAAUUUGAUUAGUGGGAUGGAACAAACCAGUUUUUUGUUUCAGCAAGCCUCAAAGGUUGGUUUUUCUCACUCAAAUAUUCUUCGGAGCAUUAUUUACCAUGCUUGCUUGCGGUAUCCCAGUCUAGGAUCAUUGGACUGCAUUUCUGGAAAUGUGCCUAGAAGAUCAAUCUCCUCUCAAUGUAGUCAAGCAUAUUCUACCCAUGAAAGCAUUCGGAAAGUUUUUGUUAUUUUUGGAGGAGACACAUCAGAACGUCAAGUCUCUCUUAUGAGUGGAACAAAUGUUUGGCUUAAUCUGCAAGCAUUUGAUGAGCUUGAAGUAACUCCAUGUUUACUUGCCCCAUCUAUUGAGCAAGCAUCUAGUGUGGAUUUGGACAAAAAUGAAGCUGACUUGACCUCCAGAACGGUUUGGUCAUUGCCUUACUCACUUGUGCUGAGACACACCACGGAGGAAGUUCUUGCUGCAUGCAUUGAGGCCAUUGAACCAACUCGCGCAGCAUUAACAUCUCAUCUGCGUGAGCUAGUGGUGAAUGAUCUGGAAGAAGGACUGAAGAAGCAUAGUUGGUUUGCAGGAUUUGAUAUCAAAGAUGAAUUACCUGUGAGAUUUUCCUUGGAGCAGUGGAUCGAGAAAGCGAAGGAAGUUGAUGCAACAGUCUUUAUAGCAGUGCAUGGAGGCAUCGGUGAAGAUGGCACGCUUCAAUCGCUGUUAGAGGCCAAAGGAGUUCCUUAUACAGGUCCCGGAGUGGCAGCCUCUAACAUAUGUAUGGACAAAGUAUCAACAUCGUUGGCUCUAAAUCAUCUUUCGGACUUCGGUGUACUUACCAUUAAAAAGGAUGUGAGGAAGAAAGAUGAUCUCUUGCGUUUCCCUAUAUUAAAUGUAUGGCGUGACUUAACCUGCAAGCUUCAGUGUCAAUCGUUAUGUGUUAAACCAGCUAGAGAUGGUUGCUCAACCGGGGUUGCGAGACUAUGCUGCGCUGAUGACCUUGCAGUGUAUGUGAAAGCAUUGGAGGACUGCCUCGUUAGAAUUCCUUCUAAUAGUUUGUCAAAGGCACAUGGCAUGAUUGAAAUGCCAAAACCACCUCCAGAGCUUUUGAUUUUUGAACCUUUUAUCGAGACCGAUGAGAUAAUUGUUUCAUCCAAAACUAUCGAUGCGUCUGAAAGACUUUUGUGGAAAGGUCAGAGUAGAUGGGUGGAAAUCACUGUAGGUGUUGUGGGAACACGUGGAUCAAUGCACUCAUUGAGUCCUAGUGUCACCGUCAAGGAAAGUGGGGAUAUAUUAUCUCUUGAGGAGAAAUUCCAAGGUGGGACCGGCAUCAAUUUAACUCCACCACCAUUAUCGAUUAUUAGUAAUGAAUCGCUGGGGAAGUGUAAACAACAUAUUGAACUGAUUGCAAACGCACUACAGCUGGAAGGAUUUUCCCGAAUUGAUGCAUUUGUAGAUGUUGAUAGUGGAAAGGUUCUAGUUAUUGAAGUUAAUACAGUCCCUGGAAUGACACCUUCCACAGUUCUCAUCCACCAGGCACUUGCGGAGACACCACCUGUAUACCCCCACCAGUUCUUUCGCAGAUUGCUUGAUUUGGCAUUGGAGAGGUCAACAUAAAAUUCUCAAGGGAACUCAAGAAUGAGCUAAGGACAAUAAUUCAUAUUGGAAGUCGCUGGUUGAUAUGCUUAACCAGUCUCUGGUGUUUGUGUUAUGGAAAGUAUGCUCGACAGCGGAAAAGAAAAAUUAGCAUUAGGCUUUUAUGUUUCCAAAAAGUAAACGUGAAUUGAGGUUUGCGUAGGGGAUGACAUGUGCACCCAAUAUCAACCUCUCCUCUUGGUUUCCUUGGCCUCAAGACUCAAAGUCCUUUUUGUGAAAAUUUUAAAUUUAAAUCCCAUUGAUGGACUUCGUGGAAUCAUACCUAACAUAAUAAGUUUUUCUCUAAAUUAAAUUGAAUCAUUGACCUCUAAAGGCACCGAAACAAAUAGAAAUUCUUACUAGAUUAGUGAAACGUCAGCCUCAACGACAAAUUAGACAAUUAAUGAACAAGAUCCCCACCAAUGUAAUUCUUCCCAAUCAAUAAAUUCAGUCCCUGAAUAGAAUAAUUCAGAAUAGAAUAGAGGUAGAACAACUAACUAAUAUUUGCAUAUUCAUUCAUCUAUUGUACUACUUCAAAUAGUUAUAGAACAAACAAAACAACGAUUAAAAAAAUUAAAAAAAAAAAAAAAAAAGAAUAAUAAUAACAAUUAAUCCUACUCCAAAACUACCAAUCAACAGGCAUAUCAUCAAUACCUGGAGAGAGAAAAAAAUAAAGAAAAGUUUACAAUCCAAUACAAUUCGUAGAAGUGGUAAUUCCACCAUCGACGACAAGAUUAUGACCACUGAUGUACUUGGAUUCAUCACUGGCGAGAUAAAGCGCGGCUUGGGCUAUGUCCUUCGGCCUCAAUGUGGGGCCCUUCAGAUUGGCCAGACCCCUAACGAACUCCUCCAUCUUGUCCACCUCAGCCGCCGAAGGAACCCCAUAGUUCAUACAUUGGUCCUCCUCCUCCACGUCGGCUCUCCACGCGUUGACGAGCAUCGACGUCGCAACUCCGAAUGGAGAAAUGCAGUUCACACGUAUGCCGUGCCGGCCUAGCUCGCAGGCUGUGUUCUUGGUGAGUCCGACGAUGGCGUGUUUAGAUGCGGUGUACGCGUGUGGGCCAAGGCCUCCCAAGACGCCUGCCACGCUGGCGGUGGAGAUUAUGCAUCCGGUGGCUCUGGGGAUCAUGACGCGCGCGGCGUGCUUGAUCCCCAAGGCUACGCCCUUGACAUUCACUCUCAUGACGCGCUCGAACUCGUCGGGGUCAAAGUCAAGGAUGCUCUUGUGGGACUUGGAUUGGCUGCCAAGCACACCGGCGUUGUUGAAUAUGAUGUCCACAUGCCCGUGAAGGCAGACGGUGGUGCUGACUAGCCUCUCCACGUCAUCCUCGGAGCUGACGUCACAGUGGACGAAGGAUACUGGGGAUGGAGAAAGAGUGUCGGCCAAAGCCUGGCCCAGGAUAUCCUCCACAUCCGCGAUUACUACUUUGGCUCCGUGUUUGGCGAAUAGCCUAACUGUAGCUUCUCCGAUUCCCUUAGCGCCGCCGGUCACGAUGGCCACUUUCCCCUCCAGUCUAAAGUAACCAAAA